AGUGGAAAAUGUUGAUCUUUGGGGUAGAAUGGAGUUAUUUAUUGGCAGGAUUAUGUGGCAAAUACAACAAUCAACAUCACUGUUUAAAAUCUACCUUUCCAUGUAAAAUGCAAUUUAAAUUCAUGUAAUAAUUAUAAAAUGAAUAAUUUGGGUUUAGAUCUUAAAAGGGAUAGAAUCCCUGUGGCAUUUGAUGUCGAAAGGGAGAAACGUUUCCCUUUUGUACCAAAAUCAUCCAAAAAACUGCCAAUUCUCUUGAUUUAUAUGAUAGGUUUCUCUGAAGGAUUAUUGCAUCUUUCAAAUCUCGCCAUCUAUUAUAUGUUUAAGGAUGAUUUCGGACUAUCUCCUGCCCAAAUGACUCUCUUCUAUUCCGUUCCUGCUCUUCCUUUCAUAAUCCGUCCCACUAUGGCUUAUCUAACAGAUGCGGUUCCUAUUUUUGGAACGAGGCGGAGACAUUACUUGAUUUUAAGCAGUCUGAUUCAGUCCUUCAGCUUUCUAUUUCUAGCUCUGAUUCCUAACACAAUAAUCUUAUCUACCAUAGCUGUUUUUUGUAUAACAUUCACUCUGGCAUUUUGUAUGACAAUUGCUGAAGCUCUAGUUGUUGAAAACAUUAGUGAUGGGACCGAUAAUUUGAGUGGAUUUGUUGUAAUAAAGGCUUUUUCUGCUCUACUGGUUUCAUAUUUCUCAGGCUCUAUGCUGGAGAAGUACCCCAAACAGAGAUUGUUUCUAAUCACUAGUUUAUUUCCACUCUUGAUUACAUUUUUCGCAUACUUCAUGAAAGAAGAGAAGGAUUUAAUCAUCUAUGAAUCGCACCCGCUAAAGGAUUUAGUUAAAUUUUUGAAAGAACCGCCAAUAUUUCACCCAUGUGUUUUCAUGUUUCUAGUAGUCAUUACACCGGGAUAUGAAGAUGCAUUCUUGUACUAUACUAUCGACGUGUUAGGUUAUAGCCCAUCAUUCAUGGGAAUACUCAGACUUAUGUACGGUUUCUCAGUUAUAAUGGGAAUAGGAGUUUACAGGUACGUCUUCAAGGACUCAUCAAUCAGGAGUAUAUUCUUCUGGAGUUCACUAUUGCUGAACACGGUUUAUGCAUUCCCAGCUUUAAUUACCUCUGGACUGUCAAAGAAACUUGGAAUCCCGGACAAACCUCUAGUUCUCUGUGGAGGGUUCUUAAUGGAAGCAGUUUUCGAGAUACAGGUGAUGCCGUUCCUAACUUAUACAACGAGAGUCACACCUAAGGGUUUGGAAGCCUCAGUGUUUGCAGCUAUCAUGACCAUCAAAUCCGUAGGCUUGGUAUUAUCAAAGGUUAUUACCUCGUUUUGCACAUAUAUUUUCGGAAUCGACACACACCAGUUCGAUCACUUGACUGCAUAUAUACUGUUCUGUACAAAUAACUUGUUUUUCGUGAUGCUGUACUUGUUCUUCGUGCCAAAUAAGGAGGAGAUGGAACUCCUAGUCACGAAACAGCGGAUGUUACAAAGCGCAGAAGAAAACGCUUAAAUGUAUUAUAUUCAAACAAUAUAAUUUUGUUUCGGUAAA